UAUUAAACAAGGCUACAGGUGGCGAUGUGCGUAUAAAUCCUUUAUUAAAACCUCGAAGAAGAAGUCUUCCGGAAAUACGCCUUCUCCACAAACGGAUAUAGAAAAUUCCAAGAUGGAGAUAGACGGUAUUGAUCAUAUGGAAAUGGGGGAGAGUAAAGGUGGCUCAGGUCUGCGACAAUACUACUUGUCUAAGAUAGAAGAGUUACAGCUGACAGUAAAUGAAAAGAGCCAGAAUCUCAGACGUCUGCAGGCACAGAGGAAUGAGCUCAAUGCCAAAGUGCGCCUUCUUCGUGAGGAGCUGCAGUUACUACAGGAGCAGGGAUCCUACGUAGGAGAAGUGGUUAGGGUCAUGGACAAAAAGAAAGUGCUGGUUAAGGUGCAUCCAGAAGGAAAAUUUGUUGUGGAUGUGGACAAGAACAUUGACAUCAAUGAUGUGACCCCAAAUUGCCGUGUGGCUCUGCGCAACGACAGCUACACCCUGCACAAGAUCCUGCCCAACAAGGUGGACCCUCUGGUAUCCCUUAUGAUGGUGGAGAAAGUGCCAGACUCCACCUAUGAAAUGAUUGGCGGCCUGGAUAAACAGAUCAAGGAGAUCAAGGAAGUGAUUGAGCUUCCUGUGAAACACCCAGAGCUGUUCGAGGCUUUAGGCAUUGCGCAGCCCAAGGGUGUGCUGCUGUAUGGUCCUCCGGGUACAGGGAAGACCCUGCUGGCCAGAGCUGUGGCCCACCACACUGACUGUACCUUCAUCAGGGUGUCCGGCUCUGAGCUGGUCCAGAAGUUCAUUGGAGAGGGCGCCCGUAUGGUGCGUGAGCUCUUCGUCAUGGCACGAGAACAUGCUCCCUCCAUCAUCUUCAUGGACGAGAUUGACUCCAUCGGCUCAUCUCGUCUGGAGGGCGGCUCAGGUGGGGACAGCGAGGUGCAGAGGACAAUGCUGGAGCUGCUCAACCAGCUGGAUGGCUUUGAGGCCACCAAGAACAUCAAGGUUAUUAUGGCCACCAACCGUAUUGACAUCCUGGACUCAGCUCUGCUCAGGCCAGGCAGGAUCGACAGGAAGAUUGAAUUUCCCCCUCCAAAUGAAGAGGCCCGUCUGGACAUUCUGAAGAUCCACUCCAGGAAGAUGAACCUGACACGUGGCAUUAAUCUGAGAAAGAUUGCAGAGCUGAUGCCUGGAGCCUCUGGUGCUGAGGUUAAGGGUGUUUGCACAGAGGCAGGGAUGUACGCUUUGAGAGAAAGGAGAGUUCACGUCACCCAGGAGGACUUUGAGAUGGCUGUGGCAAAGGUGAUGCAGAAAGACAGCGAGAAGAACAUGUCGAUCAAGAAGCUGUGGAAGUGAAACAACUCUGUGUAUUCUUGCACACACUGCAACCACAUAUGUAUAUUUUCCUUCUUUUGUUUAUGGUUUGGUUUAUGAUUGUUACACAACUCAUUCUAAAGUAAAUGGUUUUCCCCAAAUAAUA